AAGGGGGAAACGGAAACGAGCUCCACGCACACCACACCGCGCUCCUCUGACGAGACGAGGCGGCAGGCGGCAGCCGGCAGCAGACCAACACCCUCCGGCGCGGCGCCCACCCAAAUCUCCCAGAUCAAAACACCACGUCGGAGGAGGCAGGGAUACAUUGCUUCCGAGCAAUCGAGAGGUCCUCCAUCGCAGUUCAAACUUGUAUUCCUGGAUCUGAUGGUGUCGGUCUCUUGGAGACUGUAAUUCAGCUAACAUUGAAUUGAAUUCGUGAAAGUGGAGAUGACUUCCGUGAAGAAAUCCGACAAGAAGGCUGUCCUCGACUUUGCAGCAUGGAGUCUCAAUGUUACUACAUCUGUUGGAAUCAUCAUGGUCAACAAAGCUUUAAUGGCUACGUAUGGAUUCAGUUUUGCCACAACAUUAACUGGGCUUCAUUUUGUCACUACCACCUUGAUGACAGUCAUAUUUCGGUGGUUAGGCCUGAGCCAGCCUUCCCAGUUACCGCUAGCGGAUCUGAUUAAAUUUGUGAUAUUUUCAAACUUGUCAAUUGUUGGGAUGAACGUGAGCUUGAUGUGGAACUCUGUGGGCUUUUAUCAGAUAGCAAAGCUGUGCAUGAUACCUGCUUCAUGUCUUCUGGAGAUUGUCUUUGAUCAUGUACAUUAUUCCCGGGACACAAAGCUGAGCAUAAUGGUUGUGCUUAUAGGAGUUGCAGUCUGCACGGUUACUGAUGUCAGUGUGAAUGCAAGAGGUCUAAUUGCGGCUGUUAUAGCUGUUUGGAGCACAGCCUUGCAACAAUAUUAUGUUCAUUUUCUCCAACGGAAGCAUUCUCUGAACUCAUUCAACCUCCUGGGCCACACUGCUCCAGCCCAAGCAGGGUCCCUCCUGUUAGUGGGACCAUUUGUGGAUUACUUGUUAACAAGCAAAAGGGUGGAUCACUUCAAUUUCUCAUCUCUUUCUCUGUUUUUCCUAACACUCUCGUGCUUCAUUGCCAUUGGCGUUAAUCUGAGCCAAUUCAUCUGCAUUGGGUGGUUUUCUGCUGUAUCCUUCCAAGUCCUGGGCCACAUGAAGACCGUGCUUGUUUUGUCCCUUGGGUUUCUCUUCUUUGGCAAGGAGGGCGUGAAUCUUCAGGUAGUCGUCGGGAUGGUCCUCGCUGUUCUUGGAAUGAUCUGGUAUGGGAAUGCGUCAGCAAAGCCUGGUGGCAAAGAGCGGCGCAGUGUCCUGCCGGUGAGGUCCGCAAGUCUCAAGGGAAGUUCAGAAGAAAAGGAUGAUUCAGAGGAAUAGUCCUGCUAUCUCACUGAAGUUGAGAUGAGAAAUAGCCCUGUGCUGUGAGGUUAAAUUUCUGGUGAGGGAAGCUACAGAAGAUGAACUCUUCCUGAUUCUAGUAGAAACUCAGCAUUGUUAGUUACAGGUAUACGGGUAUACAUCCAUUGUUAUAGUGACAGGUAUAUUAUGACAACAUUUUUGGCUUUCCGAUUCAAUUUGUAGGGAGGGGGAUGACAGUUACACCAAAUAUAGUGUAGUUGUUUGCAAAACAUUGCCUUCAGUAUUUCGUGUGAAUUUGCGAUGAGCACUUGUGGCUGGCUUGCACAA